GCAUUGGGGCAGGGAGGGUCCCAAUGGGAAGCAAUAUCCCAUUUCAUCCCCAGCAGGCUCAGUGCCUGCUGCAGGGCUUGGGGACAGCAUGGACAUCCGGAGGAGGGACAGGAAAGUGUGACCGGCAGCGUGCGAGAAGGGAAAGGCAGGAUCCACCCGGACAGCCCCAUAAAAACCUCCUGCAUCCGGGCCGAGGAGAUCACACAACAGGACUGCAGGCUUUGGGGACACACUGGUAGCCACCAUCGGGGCUGGGUGGCUUUGGCAGGUGGCUCUGCCCCAGGAAGGGGAGGAGGCUGCGGCACUCCCAGCCCGGUUGGCGGCCGCGAUGCUCCAGUCCCAGUUCAACCCGGCGGCCGUGCAGGCAGUGAGGGCAACCGGCUUGGCGAGGAGAUGGAGGAGGACAACAGGACGGAGCAGUGGCACCGCAGCCUCCAAGCAAUGCUGGAUGCCUUGAACCAAACCAUACACGGGGCCAUCCUCCGCCCCAGCACCCCUCACAAUGCCAGCACCCGUGCCAGCCGGGAUGAUAAUUCCUACCUGUACAUCCUCUUCGUCAUGACGCUCUUCGCAGCCACCGUGGGCAGCCUCAUCCUGGGCUACACCCGAUCCCGAAAGGUGGACAAGCGCAGCGAUCCGUACCACGUCUACAUCAAGAAUAGGGUCUCCAUGAUCUAAGCCCGGUGCCUCCUGUGGAAAGAACCCCACGGUGCCCAGCCCUGGUGUGAGGCAGGAGCACCGGUGUCACCUGCAGGCAGGUCCCGGUGCUACAGAACCACCACAGCUGGGGACGUGGGGGUGGUGGAGAUGGUUACUUUCCCACUGUUCUCAUGACUUACUGAGGCUGGCACAGGCUGUAAAGGAGGAAAAUUCCCUGCUCAGACCACCAGCAUCACGUCUGAAGCGCACUCUGCACUGCUUAGCGUGGGUUUUUCUGUGGCUAAAAGCUGUGAUUUCAGAGCCAGGCUGAACCCCGCGCUUCACUGGUGGGGAAUUAAAGGAGGUGGUGGUUCUUGAGAUGAGUUGCAUCUGCUUUUUCUCCACCUGGCUCUGGGCUGGUCAAAGAGCCACAGUUUGGGCAUCGUAGCCCCAUUCCAUGGCCUGGGGUGACAUCUCCAUUCUGCCAGUGUUGGGUGAACCAUGCAAGCCUGGUUGGACCCUGGGGGCUGCAGAGAUUUUCCUGCUUCCUUCCUACAGGGUGCUGCCGGCUGUAGCUUUGCCCUUUUGUACCUUAGCUGCCAAAUAUGUUUUUCCAAGGGGUGAGCACACAGUGGCAAAUGGGAAGGGGACAUGCUCAGGUCCUCCUGGGCUCUUUGGCUUUCUUUGUCCCUGCUGUGAAAGCAGCUCAGUUGGGGUUUGGUUAUGGCUUGGCCAGCGGCCAGGAGGAUGAAUGCCCUUGUUCCUGUCCUUGAGAUCAGGCUGCCUGCUGGGGACAACGCGGUGAGUUGGCCACAGUGUCCAUCGUGGUCCCUGGGAUGUCUUAAUCUUCUCAUAAUGGCAUAAUUAAUAUCUGUAAUUGCAGCCAGACUGGCUGCCUUUAAAGCAUUCACCAAGCCCUGACCCAAAACAUGGGACGUCAGUGUUUUGGAGAGGGCUGGCAACCUGGGCACAAUGGUGGCACUGACUCACCCAGCAGAUUUAGGAUUUGCUUUGCUUUCAGCCAUGCUCUGGGCAUAGAAACUGACACAGAGAUCUGGGAGGAGCCCUGGGGGGUCCCUGUUUUGGGGUCAGCUCUGGUUUCUAUGCCAGGUGAGCGGUGCAAAUGCCACUGUCAUGCACAACCCCUGGGAGGGGGCUCAGGAGGGUUUGUUGUGUUUGCAUUGCAGUUACAACGUUGGGAAAAGCAAACAAACCUGCUCUCUGCAAAUAAAGCAGGGGACAUACA